AUGGCGCCGCGGGGGAGCCAUUCAGCACAUCCACAUCCACUCCACAUGCACCUGAUUGGACUCCCGGUAAGGCCAAAGCCACAGGCAGACAGACAUUGGAACCGACACGAGCCCGAGCACGAACGCAUAUUCCUCCCCCGCGGCGAGCCACACGUUCGCGCGAACCAGGGACCGGGCGGGUGUACGCCGUCAACUGGACUCCGCUUGCACCGCACCAUCUCUGCAAAAAACGGACUGGCCAACUGCAGAUGCCCAAGUCAGCGCCUCCGCGCCCACCACCCGCCAAUAACCACCGUCCUGCAAGUCGCGCAACUCAAAAUACGAUCUCAGAUUCUUCGUUCCAGAGGUCCUAAGAUCCAAUUCGCCCAAUCUGUAUGUUUAGUGUCGCUGCUUGCGGAGCCGGUGUCAGCACCUUUUUUCCAACUCGCGCCAAGUGGAACUACGAGUGCAAGGUUCAGUCACAUUUCUCCGGCCAGUGCUUGA